AUGGAGCGUUACAAGCUCAUUGAAGCAGAAAGAGUCCAGAAGUAUCUAAACAAUUGGUUCAGUGACAUAGUUGAGCAUUUGGAGGAAAAUGAUGAUAGUGUCCGAGCUUGUUAUCCUUCCUACUUGGAUUUUGAUCGAGAAGAACUGUCCUGGACUUUUGUCAUUGAUGCUUCCUUCUUGUUGGGGUCCCUCCGAACCUUCAUAAGUAGAACUGAAGAGCCAUCAAGGAAUCGUUCAUCUUAUAGUCUAGCAGAUAUGUAUGAAAAUCCUGAUGAAGCGUUCGCCAGGAUGUUAAUGAAAUUUAGUCAGCACGUGUCUCCGAUUAAAAUCGUGGAUGGCCAGCAACGUGUAAGCGAAGAAUGUCUGCAAAAGAAACAUCUUCUUGACCUUCUCUACUGCAAGGUUGCAGCAAAAUUACAGGAUGUUGAAAGGGAAAUCGAAGAUUCGAAGGGGGGCAAAGAAAACCAGGAGGAGAUUGGUUGCUUUAAGAAAGCUUGGAAGUCGAUAUGGGGCUUUUUAUAUUUCAUUAUUGUAGUUCCUAUUCGGUUUCUUAUACGAAUACUCAAAUCAAAAGCUGUAAAGGCUGCAGUAACGCUACCAUGGCAACUCAUCAAGAGUCUUCGCCUUCUUAAACCCAAAAGUGAAAUAACCAAUCUUGUAUCAACAGCAGAAACUGUGGCUGCAGAGAUCGAAAGCGAGUCUGGAUUGAACGGUGCAAGUCUAUUGAUCGAACAACUCUUGAUUCCAUCUGCUACAAAACUUUCUGGGGUGUUACUGAGGAAUCUUUUAGCCUAUGAGGAUUGUUUAGCACCAGAAUGCACGGUGUUUACACGCUAUGUUGAAUUGAUGAGUGGGAUUCUGGACACAAAAGAGGAUGUGAGGAUUUUGAGGGAUUCAGGUAUUGUCUUUAAUCGACUCAAGAGCGACGAGGAAGCAGCAAAUCUUUGGCAUGUAAUUACUAAAUUCAUGAAUAUAACCGAAGUUCCAAUUCUUGACAAGGCAAUAGAGGAUGCAAAUGCUUAUUAUUCAAAUAACUGGAGAGUUCGGAUUUCAACGUCUUUCAAGAAGUAUGUUUAUAGCUCAUGGCCUAUUCUCACAUUCUUAGCAGCUGAUCUUCUCAUCUUGCUGUCUGCUUUGGAGGCCUUCUGUUCUGUGUAUGACUGCUCUAAAUGGUUGGCUUCUCUAUAUUAA